CCAUCUUAUAGCAUUGCCAUUUCUUUAAAAAGUAGGAUCAGUUUAUGGUGCAGGAACAGAUCUAUGCCACUUGGAAGCCCGCAAGAAGUGGCAUAGCGACUCCCCCAGGUAGCCUCAGGUUCCACGACCCCACAGCCGGAUCUGUCCAUGCACGAUCUUCUCAGAUGCUGCCCAACACCAUCUGAUUUAUAGAUAGCUAAUUUGUUAGCUUGGUGGCUUGCUCGACUGGCUAUGUGCAGAUUAUUCAUUAGCCACCUCUUCCAAUGCCUCAUUUCCCCCAAACAAUGUCAAAUAUCAAAGAAGGUGAAGGGACCCAGUAACUAUCACAUCCUUUGACAGAUUAGGGCAUUAAAGCUUGUUCUCAGCCAUCAAAGAGCUGAACAAGACAUGGGGGGGGGAGCAAACAAAGGGUAACCAUGUCAGAUCACUAUCUCCUCGAAAUACAAAUAUCUUCUGGAUAGAUUGCCCAUACAUCCACCCCCAAACGAUUUGCACAAAAUAGCUUCUGGGGAGCACCUGUCUCAGAUGCCUCCAGGCUGCAAUGGAAAAUGAACAGCAAGACAAGAAGCAGGAUAGCAAACUGGAACUAUCAGCUCUUUAGGACCCUGGGGUCUUUCUAUCAGCUGCUGUCCAAAACAUUGCAGUUUGCUCAUUAGCUCAAAAUAGGGAAGGAAGUUCUGCUGGUCUCUCUCUUAUCUCUUGAGAAAGAGAGGGAGCAAACGCUUGCUUCUUCUUUCUUUAAAGGAAGAUCAGAAUAAAUGCUAAGGUCCCCAAGAAUUUGUGGGCUCUGGUGAGGUCCUGGGCCACAGCUGCUGAUAGCCUUCUUCAGCUCCAACCCAUUCUGUCCUGGAGGAGAGCUGCUGGAACGUUAGCCCAGAAGGCAAGUGUGGCUGGUCUACCUGCAUGAGAUUUUGGAUUCCCUUGACAGAUAGCAAUCCAUUCUGACAAAGGAAGGCUAGAAGGGUUUGAAGAUGCUGCUGCAGCUGCUCUCUGUCCUCUGGGAGGCCUUGUCCCUGCAGGUCAUUUUGGUGUUUCUGGCAACAUUUCUACUUCUUGCUGAUUACAAGAAAAAGAUUCGCCCAAAGGAUUUCCCCCCAGGGCCCAGGCCUCUUCCCUUGCUGGGUAACAUGCUACACAUGGAUUUCAAGAAACCUCAUUUUUCCAUGCAAAAGUUUGCAAAAAAAUAUGGCAACAUCUUCAGCCUUCAGGUUGGAAACAGGCGGGUUGUGGUUGUGAAUGGAUUGCAGCUGGUGAAAGAGACUCUUGUCCAUCAGGGUGAAAACUUUGCAGAUCGUCCAGUCCUUCCUCUUGAUAAAGAAAUAUUUACAUCAUUUGGCUUGAUCUUCUCUAAUGGCCUUAGUUGGAAACAACAAAGGCGAUUUGCCUUAUCAACUCUCAGAAACUUUGGCUUGGGGAAAAGGUCUUUAGAAGAACGAAUACAGGAGGAGAGCCGAUACCUAACGGAUGCAAUUGAAGCUGAGAAUGGGCAGCCAUUUAACCCUCACUUUCAGAUUAAUAAUGCUGUUUCAAAUAUCAUCUGUUCCAUCACUUUUGGGGACCGCUUUGAUUACUAUGACAGCCGUUUCCAGAUGUUAUUGCGCUUGCUAGAUGAGACAACGUACCUUCAAGCAACUAUUUGGAGUCGGUUGUACAAUAUAUUUCCUACUCUCAUGAAGCACUUGCCAGGGCCUCAUCAUACUGUUUUUAAAAACUGGGGAAAGCUGAAAUCCUUUGUGAGAGGAAUCAUUGAAAAACACAAGGAAGACUGGAACCCAUCUGAACCCAGGGACUUCAUUGAUGCCUACCUAAAUGAAAUGGCCAAGGAGGAUUCCGCUUCCAGUUUCCAUGAAGAAAACCUUCUACAUUCCACACUGGAUCUGUUUUUUGCUGGAACAGAAACAACCUCAACAACAUUGCGCUGGGCUUUACUUUACAUGGCCAUUUAUCCAGAAAUUCAAGCAAAAGUCCAAGCAGAAAUAGAUUCUCUGAUUGGCCAGUCUCGCCAGCCAGCGAUGGAUGACAGAGACAGGAUGCCCUAUACCAAUGCAGUUGUUCAUGAAGUUCAAAGAAUAAGCAGCAUUGUGCCUUUGAAUGUGCCCCGGAUGACAACUAAGGACACAACGCUCACUGGGUUUCUUGUGCCCAAGGGAACCAUAAUGGUCCCCAACUUGACCUCUGUGCUGUUUGACAAGGAAGAGUGGGAAACACCCAAUGUGUUCAAUCCUGGCCAUUUCUUGGAGAAUGAUCAGUUCAGGAAAAGGGAAGCAUUCUUGCCAUUCUCUGCAGGAAAGCGAGUUUGUCUUGGAGAGCAGUUGGCGAGGACCGAGCUCUUUAUUUUCUUCACUGCCCUAAUUCAGAAGUUCACUUUCCAGGCUCCAAAGAAUGAGACAUUAAGCCGUGAAUUUAGGAUGGGUCUGACAUUGUCUCCCCUGCCAUACCGGAUAUGUGCAUUCUCUCGCUAAGGGGACCCAUCUUAUAGCAUUGCCAUUUCUUUAAAAAGUCGGAUUAGUUUGUGGAAUAGAAGCAGAUCUAUGGCUUAAUCCUAACUGUGUUUAGCCAGAAUUCAUUAGGGCUUAACCCAGGUAAGUAGGGUUGGGACUGCAGCCUGUACUUUUAAAGCACAUUCAAAACACAUUUGCCCCCUCAAUGAAUCUGGGGAACUGUAGUUAUUUUGGGAGUUUUAACUCUCCCAGGGGU